AUGCGUUUCAUACGCGGCCAAAGGAAGUCGGUGCAGUUGGUCUGCAAUCAAUAUGCAUAUGCUAAGAACAAGCAGCAUGGCUCGAUGACCUAUUGGAACUGUCGCAUUCGCCGAUCGGGUUUGCCCAGUUGCAAUGCACGAAUCUCCACAAAGCGAUUGACAAAUGGCAAAUACAAAGUGUGGCUAACGCGACCCGAGCACAAUCAUCCGCCCUCGAAGCGCAUAGCACGCAUGCUCAACGAUUCCCUUGUCACCUAGAGACAGUAUUUUUAGCGUUUAAGUGAUAAAAUAUAUGGACGCCUUUUUAUAAGCGUAACACAC